AUAUUUUUUGCAACUCUUUUUCUGGCAUUCGUCCAGGCCAGCCAACAGAUCUCACCUGUUCAACUCUCAGUCAGGCCCCACUGAAACAGGGCCACAAAAGCCACACAGGAUCUAAGGCUUGAAUUAUUGAUCACUGGCUCAGAGGGGCACCAAAACCAGGAGCGCAUGAAUCCUGCUGACAGACGGAUGUCUAUGUAGAUUAUCCAAUUGCCAGCUCUCUUUCCCUCUCUUCACUGGACCGUGUAAUACAGAAGAGAGCCAGAGAGACAUCACUUAUGAUUGCUUUUGCGUGCACAAAGAUUUUAAAAGUGAUUUUAACUUUUAAACGAUUACAUUUUUUUAGGAAGUCAAUGACAGCCAAAACAUACUGACAAAAACAGACAGAGUGAUAAAUGAGUGAAAUAUGAGAGCCGAGAGGAACACACUGCCCUCAUUUACUCAACUCCAUGAGCUUCCAAAUCUGCAGGAUGAAUAAACAAUGACAGAAUUUGUAUGUUUGAGUGAAUUAAUCUGCAUUCUCCAUGGAAGGAUGAAAGGAGUGGGGGAUUAAGAUAUGUAAGGGAGGAAGAGGAGACUGACAGCAUGAGAGUAGAGGUACUGGAGAGCAGGAGGGAGUGAGUAGAGUUGAUACAAGUCAAGUAGUUGCAGACACACUCUAUACUGUACACAAGGAAAAUGGGUCCUCGGCUGAACUUCAGCAGCACCUACUCUGAGGAUUUCAGUUACCCGGCUCGGGUGAAACCCAUUGGGCCCAGACCGUCCUCUGCAUAUCGCAGGAACAAUCCUCAUCCACGGCCGGACUUCCUGAUGCCACGAGCCCCGCAGACAGGAUAUGGGUCACGGAAAUACAGUCAAAGCACUUCUGUUUCUUUUCUACCUCCAGUCAGACACAUAUCGGUCCAGUAUCCAGAUGUACAGACAGUACAUGGACAACCCAUACAAACUUCACUAAAAGACUGUAAAGCGCCUGAGGUCUCGUCUGCAGUGUGUACACUGCCACCUGCUGCCAAGCUUCUCAAACCACAACGCAACUUUAAUGCAAUGAUCACAAACACACAUGGGAAAUAUUCAGACACAGAUCGUAUCAAAUCAGCUUGGAACCAGCAGAUGGAGAUCAAGCCAUCUUUAAAACCCUUCAAACACCAGAAUACCCAUCACAAUAAAAGCUCACUCUCAAAAUCCGCAACUGACUGCAGUGAAGGGCACAGCUGUUUUCAUGUGGUGAAACCUUAUAAAGUGGGACACUACAUCAUCCACCCUCAGUUUGUGUCAGAAGCAAAGCACUUCUAAAAGCGACAGUGUUUUUGGAUUGUUUUUUAAAAUAACCUUUUCCAUUUAUUUUAAGUUUGAUAAUGUCAUUUUACAGAGGUGUGUUAUGUGUUUGGGGAUCCAGCCUUUGUAAUAAAUGCUUGGGUGCAACUUCACUUUAAUGACUGUAGCACUAUUAUUUUAUUUUUAAGUAAAUGUGCAUUGCCAUGACAAAUAAACAAUGUUUAUGAUGUUCCCGUUAAAUGUGUUAUUAGCCGUAUGCAAACAUUACCAUGGUACCCAUUACAUUGUAAAAUGUAAAUAAAACAUAGUAUGCAUUCGCAAAAAUGAUAGCUACACUUAAUAUAG